AAGAGCGAGCCGCGCGCAUGCGCAGUGACGUCGUCAAGCGGGAGGCGGCGAGCGGAGGCCGGCUACCCAGAGUUCCCCGCGCGGAGCUUACCGGACCCCCGGGGGGCGUGAAAAGAUGGCGGCCGUCAGGAGUGUAGAGAGGAGGCGGUUAUAGGCUCGGUGUGCGGGGCUCCCUCAGAUAACGGUAACCGGAUACGUCACGUGACCCCCGCAGGGCCCCCCACCCUCCCAUUCAGUGCCGGUUACCCGGUGACGGAGCGCGGAACCCGCUGGGAUGGACGAUCUGGCCGUGGCCGCGGGGUUGGCCUCUCCUAGGCCGCAGGCCCAGUCCCAGGGAGUCCCCCCGGACACGGCGUGCGACCUGCCGGCCCGGCCUCCUCAGUACACCAUCCCCGGCAUCCUGCACUACAUCCAGCACGAGUGGGCCCGCUUCGAGAUGGAGAGAGCGCACUGGGAGGUGGAGAGAGCCGAGCUGCAGGCGCGGAUAGCCUUUCUUCAAGGUGAAAGAAAAGGUCAAGAAAAUUUGAAGAAAGAUUUAGUACGAAGGAUAAAAAUGUUAGAAUAUGCAUUAAAGCAAGAGAGGGCAAAAUAUCAUAAAUUAAAAUAUGGAACAGAACUGAUCCAAGGAGACAUGAAGAUGCCAGCAUAUGAACCUGAAGAAACCAAAGAAUCAGAGAUUCCCCCAGGGCCUCAAAAUAGUCAGCUGACCUGGAAACAAGGCCGGCAGCUGUUAAGACAGUACCUUCAAGAAGUUGGGUACACAGACACGAUAUUGGAUGUUCGGUCACAAAGGGUACGCUCCUUGCUCGGACUGUCCGGCUCAGAGCCAAAUGGCUCAGUUGAAAAGAAGAACUUAGAACAAAUCCUCAAUGGUGGGGAUUCUCCUUCAAUUAAGCAAAAGGGACAGGAAAACAAAAGGAACUCGGGUGAUGUCCUUGAAACUUUUAAUUUCUUAGAAAAUGCUGAUGACAGUGAUGAAGAGGAUGAAGGCGACAUAAUAGAGGAUGUCACAGACGGCAAGGACCAGCAACGUAUAAACAAAAAGCAUAAAAUUGGCAAUGAAGGUUUAGCUGCUGAGCUGGCAGAUGACACAGAGGAAGCUCUGAAAGAGUUUGACUUUCUAGUGACUGCAGAAGAUGGAGAGGGUGCGGGGGAAGCCAGGAGCUCAGGCGAUGGGACAGAAUGGGACAAGGAUGUCCUGUCCCCAUCUACUGAGGUUUGGGAUGUAGACCAGGGUCUGAUAAAUAAACUGAAGGAACAGUACACCAAGGAACGCAAGGGGACAAAAGGUGCCAAGAGGGUAAACAGGACGAAACUGCACGAUAUGAUCGCAGACCUUGGUGAUGAGGAACUAGCACACAUGCCACCAGGAAUGCUUAACCCGGCACGGUCACCAUCCAGAAUAACCGAUCAUGAAGGUGGAAGAGCAGAAGAAGCAGAGCCAAUUCCAUUUCCACCUGGAGGAGGGAAGUCUUUCAUCAUGGGCUCAGAGGAUGUUCUAGAGAGUGUUUUGGGACUUGGAGACCUGGCAGAUCUCACUGUAACGAACGAUGCGGACUACAGCUAUGAUCUGCCGUCCAAUAAGGACGCCUUCAGGAAAACCUGGAACCCGAAGUACACCCUGCGCAGUCACUUUGACGGAGUGCGAGCACUGGCCUUUCAUCCCGUGGAACCUGUUCUUGUGACUGCGUCUGAGGACCACACACUGAAAUUAUGGAACUUACAGAAAACUGUACCUGCCAAAAAGAGUGCCUCCCUCGAUGUGGAACCCAUCUAUACCUUCAGAGCGCAUAUUGGCCCAGUCCUGUCCCUGGUUGUCAGUUCUAAUGGUGAGCACUGCUACAGUGGAGGACUAGACUCAACAAUACAGUGGUGGAAAAUGCCAAGCCCCAACGUGGAUCCAUAUGAUACGUAUGAGCCCAGUGUCCUGGCUGGCACAUUAUUUGGACACACGGACGCUGUGUGGGGUCUGUCUCACAGUGGGAUUAAAGAUAGUCUGCUCUCCUGCUCAGCCGAUGGCACAGUCCGGUUAUGGAGCCCGCCAGAGAGUGUCCCUUGUAUCGGCACAUACAAUGGAAACAGAGAACAUGGUAUCCCCACCUCUGUGGAUUUCAUUGGCUGCGAGCCGGCCCAUGCUGUGGCCUCUUUCACCAGUGGUUGCAUAGUCCUUUAUGACCUGGAGACUGCUCAGUCCUUGCUGCAACUGUCUGCUCCCUCGGACUCUGGCCCCCCAUUUUCCAGCCACAUUAAUAAAGUUGUGAGUCAUCCUACCCUCCCGGUUACCAUUGCUGCCUACGAAGACAGGCACAUAAAGUUUUUCGAUAACAAGUCAGGAAAGAUGAUUCAUUCAAUGGUUGCUCACCUGGAUGCAGUGACAUGCUUAGCAGUGGAUCCCAAUGGAAUCUACCUGAUGUCUGGCAGCCACGAUUGUUCCAUCAGACUGUGGAACUUGGAUAGCAAGACGUGUGUGCAGGAGAUUACUGCACACCGCAAGAAGUUGGACGAGUCCAUUUACGAUGUUGCCUUUCACCCAUCCAAAGCAUUCAUUGCCAGUGCUGGAGCCGAUGCCCUAGCCAAGGUCUUCGUGUGACUUACCCCUCCUGAAAGCUGCCAGUGCAUUUGGGACACACAUUGAGAAGGCACUAGUGGUAUUUAAAUAAAAUGUUAAAACAUCACUGCCACCCACUCACUGACACUACAAGGCAGAGCUCCCUCUGCAGGACAGGGAGAUACUGGUUACUGAGCAGCAGACGCUUCCCCCAUAUCCUCUAAUAUCAGGGCAGCUCAAUUCUGGGCUGUAAUCACUGUAAUUAACCCCUUUUUGUUUUUUAAUCUUAUUUUACAAGUGACCAGUAUUUAUAACCCCUGCUCAGGAUGUGUGUGUGCGUGUGUGGAUAUGUGUAUGCACACAUUUAGUCCUUUUUUUUUUUUUUUUGCAUUGUACUUUUUGAUUUCAGACCCUAAACCAUCAUUUUUCAGAAAAGCAACUAACACGGGGAUGUGGACUCUCAUAUCCCAUCCUCUGGCAUGCACACACCUCCUGCAAAUCAUGUUCUAAGAAUGCAGCUGUGACUUUAACUAGGUUUUAUCUAUUGACAAGUUCCAGCAGAACUUUGAAGGACUUGUAUCAGCUAGCAUUGUCCUAUGUUCUCCAUAUUGUGCUCUGCCCAUCUCCACAAGCCGUUAUCUUUUGCAAGGAUGAACAUUUGGCAGUGUUAACUCUCUUAGUGCCUGGCUGCCAAUGAAGACAUUGUGGAGAUUUUUUUUAACAUUUUUUUUUCCUCUUGCAAGGAAGGUUUGUGUGUACUUAUAUAUAUAUAUUUUUUUAGCAUUAGUCUUGCAUAUACACAAGGUUUGGGUCUAACUGUAAGAUUUAAAGCUUUUGUUACUUUUUUUUUAUUAUUAUUAAGCGGUCGCAGAAUUGCAGUGUUUUUAUCAGCCAUAUUAAAAUCUGAAAGUCAAAUGAAUUUUACAGCUUUUUAUACUGCCUCCUACUUUUCACAAGGGAAAAUUGUUUUUGUGAACUCCCCUGUCGUCUCCC